AAAAAAGGAUUUUCAGUAGAGUCCCAUGUCUGCAUGAAGAGAAGCCUGUGCUGUGCUGUGAAUCUCCUUUCCAAAUGCUCAGAGGAGCUGUGCUGCCUUCUAGAGACUACGCAGGGGAUGCUGAUCUGAAGAGAGUACAACAGCAUGUGUCUAUGACAUGACCAGCUUCACUUUCCCCUCCGGAGCUAACCAGAAGCUGAUGAGAAUGGACUUCAGCACCGAUCCAGAAUUGCUCCCUGGCGUGCAGAGGUUUUGAGCGGCAUUUCCCGUCCCAAAGAGCUGCAGUGGCAGAUCUCAAGCAAGUAUCUCAGAUGACAUUGCAGAGCAGACACAGCAUCAGCAGCCACCCRCCUUGCCAGGUUUCUGCGAAGCCUGUUGCAAGGCAGAUUCAGAACUAACACAAGACAGGAAACACAGCGUUGACUUCCUCCAGGAGAAACCUAAAUUCAAGAUGUUUUGAAAUGUUUAUGUUAUGUAGAAUCUUCCCCAAAAGGCAGAAAUGACUUUAACCUAAAUGACUUUAUUGUAAUUACAAUAAUCCUGGUCAAGUUAUCCUGGAAAGCAUAAGAAAUGUCCUCAUUUUUAUGUAGCCUUACUUUCUAAGACAAUACAAAAGGAGUUGUAUUUGACUGUGAAAUGGCAGCUGUGCUAUUAACUAGAAGAAUGAUAAAACUUAGGGAGAAAUGCAGAUUUCCUAUUAUUUCUGGAUCCUUCUCAUUCCUGGUGCUGCACUUCUAAGAUAUUCCUGAAAAAAAAAAAUAAAUUCACAGCUCAUCCAGGCAAAUGGUGCCUGUAGGAUCUUCUGAAAACUAACCUCACCACUCCYUUUGCCAGAAAAGGGAGUGAAAUACACCAGCCUUGCAUGAAUAUAAUYAGCCACACACCAUGGUUUUCCUCCCUGGAAAUGCAUCUGAUGAUUGCUCCAACUGCACCCACCCYGUGGAGCCUGUGAACAUUUCAAGGGCCAUUUUGCUAGGCAUUAUUCUAGGGGGACUGAUUAUUUUUGGAGUAUUGGGUAACAUUCUGGUUAUCCUCUCUGUAGCCUGCCAUAGACAUCUUCAGAGUGUUACCCACUACUAUAUAAUCAACCUAGCUAUCGCUGACCUCCUCUUGACUUCCACUGUCCUGCCUUUCUCAGCUACCAUGGAGAUUUUGGGCUACUGGGCCUUUGGAAGGAUCUUCUGCAACAUCUGGGCAGCUGUUGAUGUCCUUUGCUGCACUGCUUCCAUUAUGGGCCUCUGUAUCAUCUCGAUAGACAGGUACAUCGGCGUGAGCUACCCGCUGAGAUACCCCACUAUAGUGACAAAGAAAAGAGGACUCCUGGCUUUGUUUUGUGUUUGGGCAUUGUCUCUGGUGAUAUCGAUUGGACCUCUUUUUGGCUGGAAGGAACCAGCACCAGAAGAUGAGACCRUCUGUCAAAUCACUGAAGAGCCCGGCUACGUGCUGUUCUCUGCUCUAGGCUCCUUCUACCUCCCGUUGACCAUUAUCUUGGUGAUGUACUGCCGGGUGUAUGUCGUGGCCAGAAGGGAAAGCAAAGGCCUGACUUCUGGCCUCAAGACUGAGAAAUCCCAUUCCGAAGAAGUGACUCUACGGAUCCAUCGUAAAAAUGCUCCUGAAGCAAGCAGAUCUGCAUCGAACUCCAAGAGCAAACACCACUUCUCAGUACGUCUUCUCAAAUUCUCCAGGGAGAAGAAAGCUGCCAAGACCCUGGGAAUAGUUGUAGGAUGCUUUGUGUUAUGCUGGCUUCCGUUUUUUGUGGUAAUGCCCAUUGGUUCGUUCUUUCCUGCAAUCAAACCCCCGGACACACUUUUUAAAAUAACAUUUUGGCUUGGCUACUUAAACAGCUGCAUCAACCCCAUAAUCUACCCCUGCUCAAGUAAAGAGUUCAAGAAAGCCUUCCAAAAUGUCCUGAGAGCCCAGUGUCUUCCAAGAAAGCAAACAGCAAAGAAGCCAUCCCCAAAUUUCAACCUCAACCAUCCUGCUAGCCAAGGCAUGGAGAGGCACAAAGGUGUGGUCCGUAUCCCUGUUGGCUCGGGCGAAACCUUCUAUAGGAUUUCCAAGUCCGAAGGGGUCUGUGAAUGGAAACUAUUCUCUCCCGUGCAAGGCAUGCCUACAAAAAAUGCUGACAAGCCUAGCUGUGCUGCUGCCAAAGUGAAAAGUCAAGGUUUCCUACAGGAAUGCUGCUGUGCAGGCACGUCAGGAAAAGUUCUCCGGGAAAACCGUAAAGUGCCAACCAUUAAAAUCCAUGCCACGUCCCUCAGUGAAAAUGGGCAGGACGUCUAA